AUGUUCCCUGCAGAGUCCCCGCGCGGCCUGCUCGAGCGGCUGUCGCUCUACCAGUGCGACGAGCUUCACGCUCUCCCGGACGACAUUAGCGAGUGCCUGCCGUGCCUGCGCGAGCUGAGCAUCAGCAUGUGUGGCACCUUACUGGACCAGCCCCAUCAAGUCACUCCUCUCACAGCCCUGCGCUCCUUGAACCUCGCCGAGUGCGCGUUCUUCGUCCUGCCGGACCGCCUUGGCCACAUGCCCGCGCUCACGACGCUCGUGCUGCACAAGCUGAAUAUCCACUUCCCUGCCUCGUUCAGCCGCCUGCAGUCCCUCGAGACUCUGGUCGUCACCGACUGCGCGACCCUAGCCGAGCUGCCUGAUGGGUUGGGCGCGCUCACAACGCUUAAGAGCAUGUGCGUCACGGAGUGCCCCUCCGUAGUUCUGCCACACGACGUGGGCCAGCUCACCAACCUGCACACGCUCUUCCUGAAAUCCUGCACGGAGCCCCGUCUGCUGCCGCCCUCCUUCACCCUUCUGGCUUCGCUCGCACGGCUGGAGCUUCACGAGUGCGACCUGGCCGAGCUUCCAGAGGCCACGGGGGAGUUGAGCGCUGCUGAAGCCCUCGUGUUGGACAACUGCAGCAGCCUGUUCUCCGUCCCCAAGAGUCUCAUCAAUCUGGCCAGGCUGAAGCAGCUGGAGCUGACCGGCUGUGCACUGCUGAGAACGGCUCCGGAGUUCCUACCAGGGUCGCUGGAAACGCUCAGGCUGGGGAGUUAUCAGCAGGUCACACAUCUGCCGGGUACCUAUGCUCUCUCCAGCCUCAACGAUUUGACCUUCAACAAUGUGAUUUUCCCCACUGCUCUGUCCAGAAACCUCUCUUCACUGGAGCACUUGAAACUCAUGUUCGCAUGCGAGGGCGAGUUCCCGUUUCCAUUGGCGGGCCUGCCUCGCCUCCGCACCCUCACACUCAUCAGCACCGGAGUUGUGAGGCUUCCAGGUUUUUCCUAG